AUGCAGGCAGAAGGGAAGGAAGGAAGAAAGCAUGAGCAAGUCACCGCAGGGACCAUCGUGAAGGUUGGCUUUCAACGGGAGGAGGCAACGGAGUCAGCGCAGGGUCGCCGUUACAAGACCUACCACGUGCUCCUGGAGAGAAGGCCAGUGAGACUGACGCCGUCGGGGGACGCGAAGGUUGCGAGGAAGGCUGAGGGAUCGGAGGGGAGCGCCGGAGCCUCGCCCCAAGGAGCCAGGAGAGAUGUCAGUUUUGCGUCAAAGGAGGACGUGGUGAAGCUUGGGGGAGCCGUCGAAGCUCUGCAGACUGAGAUGAGAGACUUGAAGGGCCUCGUCAUGCACGAGCAGCAGGAGUUGAGGCUCAGGCUGUUCAAGUUGGAAGCGAUGCUUAGAGGCCUGAUGAAGGAGAGGGGACAAGAUGAUCCAGGAGCCUUGCCCGACGGAGGUGAAGAGUUGGGACACUCGUGUAUGCUGGCAGCACUGAUCGAGUGA